CGGUCUCGUGUAGACGUACGUUUAGUAAAUAAAUUCACGGGAAGAUAUGGAGCAGAAGCACGCAUAGCUCUUCCGAAUUUUCAUAGUUGCGCUAUCUUUGAUGAAAAUUUGGUAGCCAUUCAGCUGAAAAGGACAAGUAUCACAAUCAAGAAACCAAUCUAUGUCGGUCUUUGUAUCCUUGAUUUGUCUAAGACAUUAGUUUACGAUUUCCACUACUCAUACAUGAAACAGCGAGUAGUAGAAAAAUGUAAACUUCUCUAUACGGAUACUGAUAGCUUAAUAUACGAAGUUGAAGAUAUUGAUAUGUACAAAAUUAUGAAAGAAGACAUCCACAGGUUUGAUACUUCUGAUUAUGAUGAAAAUAAUCAGUUUGGAAUUCCACGAGUUAAUAAAAAAGUUCUUGGAUUGAUGAAAGACGAAUGCCGUGGCAAGAUUACUGAAUUCAUAGGUUUACGAAGUAAAAUGUAUAGUAUUUUAGUUGAUGGAAGCGAGGAGGAUUGAGGAUUAUCGAAGAUGCCUAGAGGAUCUUGUUAUUAUAAAACGCGAGCAGUGCAACAUUCGUUCAAAAUUGCACAUAGUGCAUACUGAAAAACAGAAUAAAAUAGCCUUAAGUCCUCACGAUAAUAAAAGAUACUUAUUACACCAUAGUAUAGACACUUUGCCUUGGGGUCAUUAUAGAAUUAUUGAGGAACAGAUGGUGCAAGCAGCAUUUCAAGUAGAGGGGGAAGCAGAACAAGAUAAAAGAGAGGUGGAGAUGGAAGCAGAGAAGGGGUAUGAAAUAUCCAAUGAAAGUGGAGGUGUGAAAAUUGAGAGGGGGAAUGAAGAAACCAAUGAAAAUAGUGAAGCACGAGUGGGGAUGACACUUUAUGGCAAUGAAGGUGAACAAAUCAGGAUCGAAUAUGAUGUGAUGGGGGAGUUAAUGCAUGACUGGGAUCCAUCAUUGGAUGCUAUACAUUCUGAACGAGAACGGAGAAGGGAUAUAUUACAAGACGCUAUGGAAGGGGCAGAAAUUGUGGUGGGGAAUGGGCUAUAUCAACAGACGCAGCACGACGGAGAGCACAUUCGAGCAAUCGAAGCAAACGAGAACAACCAACCUUGUGAAAAGAGACCAAGACUCACCUAACCCUAUAAUAAAAUGGAUCUAUCUGCACUCAAUAAGAUUGCUGAGCAAGAGUUCUUGCCAAGGAAAAAGGCGACAGACUUGGAAAAAAAUCAACAGUACAUGGUGACAGCACUGAAACAAGUCAAGACAAGAUUCGGUAUGAAGAUUGUUGCCGAAGUUGAUAGCAGCUUUCAAGUCUUCUUGCCAGAGAAGAUUUCAUCGGCAAUUAUAAAAGAUGAAGCGUUCUUUAACUCACUCUGCGGCACUGCAAACAAUCUCUGUUUAUUUUUAAAAUAUCAGGGUGAAAG